AUGUCAAUUGCCACGAAGAGCGACGGAGAAACCGUGGGAAACCUGUCUUUGAUUGCCGCGCACUCGCACAUCACGGGACUCGGGCUGGACGACCAGCUGCAGCCGCGCGAGAACAGCCAGGGCAUGGUGGGCCAGCUGAAGGCGAGAAAGGCUGCCGGGGUGAUUCUCAAGAUGAUCCAGCAGGGCAAGAUUGCGGGCCGGGCGAUUCUGAUUGCGGGCCCGCCGUCGACGGGAAAAACGGCCAUUGCAAUGGGCAUCUCGCAGAGUCUGGGCAGCGACGUGCCGUUCACGGCAAUCGCAGCCUCCGAGGUGUUUUCGAAGGAGCUGUCCAAGACCGAGGCGCUGAACCAGGCGUUCAGAAAAAGCAUAGGCAUACAGAUCAAGGAGGAGACCGAGGUGAUUGAGGGAGAGGUUGUGGAGAUCCAGAUAGACCGGUCGUUGACGGGCGGCCACAAGCAGGGAAAGCUCACCAUCAGAACCACCGACAUGGAGACGAUCUACGAGCUGGGCAACAAGAUGAUCGACGAGCUGACCAAGGAGAAGGUGAUUGCCGGCGACGUGAUUUCGAUCGACAAGGCAAACGGCAAGAUCGCGAAGCUGGGCCGCUCGUACACGCGUGCGCGGGACUACGACGCCAUGGGCCCAGACACCAAGUUUGUCGCGUGUCCCGAGGGCGAGCUGCAGACGAGAAAGGAGGCGGUGCACACGGUCUCGUUGCACGAGAUCGACGUGAUAAACUCGCGGCAGCAGGGCUUUUUGGCGCUGUUCAGCGGCGACACGGGCGAGAUCCGGUCCGAGGUGCGCGACCAGAUCAACAUGAAGGUUGCCGAGUGGAAGGAGGAGGGCAAGGCGGACAUCAUUCCGGGCGUGCUAUUUAUCGACGAGGUGCACAUGUUGGACAUAGAGUGUUUCUCGUACAUCAACCGGGCUCUCGAGGACGACUUCUCGCCGAUCGUGAUCAUGGCCACCAACAGGGGCAUUUCCAAGACGAGGGGCACCAACUACAAGUCGCCGCACGGCCUGCCGCUGGACCUGCUGGACCGGUCGAUCAUCAUCCGGACCGAGGGCUACAAGGAGGACGAGAUCAGGAGCAUUCUGUCGAUCAGAGCGCAGGAAGAGGAGGUGGAGCUGAACGCGGAUGCCCUGAGUCUGCUGACCAAGAUCGGCAUGGAAACGUCGCUCAGAUACGCGGCGAACCUGAUUGCCGUGAGCCACCAGAUCGCCAAGAAGAGACGCACCGACACCGUCGCUCUCGACGACGUGAAGAGGAGCUACACGCUCUUCAUCGACAGCGCGCGCAGCGUGCAGUUUGUCGAGGAGAACAGCAACCAGUACAUCGACGACGAGGGCCGCGUGCAGCUGUCGAAGAACGACGACGCCAUGGACGUGGGGGCCUAG